CCAAGAAUGCAUUUUUCGAUGAGAAGUGCACCAGGAUUAAUGGGAGAUGUGCACAAUCUUGUCUGAAGAAUGAAGAACUCAUUUCUCUCUGUCAGAAGAAUCUGAAGUGCUGUGUGACAGUCCAGCCCUGUGGAAGGAAGAAGGGCAACGAGUCGGAUGAUGGCUCGGGCUACCUGGGGACUUGGGGAUGA